AUGGGCUAUGUUUUGGGUGUUGUGGAGAAGUUCCCACAAUACAUCCUUCUACCUGUAUCUGGUGAUGAGGAAGGCACCAAGGAGGCAGACGCCGAGGAGGGCAGUGAUGACAAAGAUGAGGACGAGGGUAGUGGCAGUGGCGACGAAGACGUUCAUGAGGAGGGUCAUGAACUUGAAGAUGCUGAGGAUGACGAAGGAGGUGAGACUCGAGAUCCACUGAGCACAGAAUAUCUCAUUGAUGACAAUAUCGCAGAUGAGAUGGAUGAAUUUGGGUACACUGGCCUAGAUCAGGUUCUCGUGGAAGAUGAGGACAACAAUGGAUUAUUAGACGACGAUGCUCUUGGGGCGGAAGACGGUGAAGAACUUGAAGGUGGGCUGAAUUAUGACGAGGCUGAGGGGAUUGGAUUUGCGGAUUUAUAG